CGGGUGACCAGCCCAGCCUCGCCGCCCCAGCUCGCCGCGUCCCGGCGCUCAGCCUCCGCGCCAGAGGCGAGCGCUGCGCUCCGGGCGCCGCAAUCCCGAGGACACGGCCUCUCCGACACCUCCGGCCCGGCGAAGUCGGCGGCAGCAUCGGCGGGAGCGGUCGCAGCCGCCUCUGCUCCUCUCUCCGUUGCUUCCCGUCACCUCGCUGAGACCCUGUCCGGGCCGCGGGGACACCCUUUUUCGUCCUCCCCCCGAGGCUCGUGGGACCGACGGACGGACGCAGGGAUCCAGGGCCGGACUGCGGGCAGCGGCAAGGACUUUGUGAAUGGUGCUUUGGAGCACCUUCAGUGGUCACUGCUCAUCCCUCUUCCCGGUACACUUUCUGGAAGGGACCAGCACACAUCCAGUUAACUCACGUCAAUGGGGUUGUGGAACAGAUCACGCUCAUCUCACUGAGAUCAGAACAGCUGAGCAUUACCUACCACGAAUAACAUCAAGUUAAAAACUGCAAAGUUUGGAUCUUUUCCUGCCUUAGAAGCAAGAAAAAUGGAAAACUGAUCGUCAAAGGUCUCUGCGCAAGACGGGGUGUGGAACCUAACCACGGGGUGUCCAUGACCCCCGAGGCUGCAGCCCAUCAGCAAUGAAAGGGUUAUCGGGCAGCCGCAGCCACCACCACGGGGUCACCUGCGACGCGGCCUGCGACUCGCUGUCGCACCACUCGGACCGCAAGCCCUACCUGCUGAGCCCGCUGGAGCACCACCCGGCCGACCACCCUUACUACACUCAGCGGAACUCCUUCCAGGCCGAGUGCGUGGGCCCGUUCAGCGACCCGCUGGCCAGCAGCACCUUCCCGCGCAGGCACUACACCUCGCAGCAGGAGCUGAAGGACGAGUGCGCCCUGGUGCCCCGCACGCUGGCCGCCAAGGCCAACCGCAUCCCCGCCAACCUCCUGGACCAGUUUGAGAGGCAGCUGCCGCUCGGCCGGGAUGGCUACCACACGCUGCAGUACAAGCGCACGGCCGUGGAGCAUCGCAGCGACAGCCCCGGCCGCAUCCGCCACCUGGUCCACUCGGUCCAGAAGCUCUUCACCAAGUCGCACUCCCUGGAGGGGCCGUCCAAGGGCGGCGUCAACGGGGGCAAAGCCAGCCCCGACGAGACGCAGACGGGGAAGUACGGCAAGCGCAGCAAGAGCAAGGAGCGGCGCGCCGACCCCAAGGCCCGCGCCAACGCCUCCCCGGGCUGGUGGAGCUCCGACGACAACCUGGACGGCGACGUGUGCCUCUACCACGCGCCCGCGGGAGUGAUGACCGUGGGCAGGUGCCCCGACCGCUCGGCCUCGCAGUACUUCAUGGAGGCCUACAACACCAUCAGCGAGCAGGCGGUCAAGGCCUCCCGGAGUAACAACGACGUCAAGUGCUCCACCUGUGCCAACCUGCCCGUCAACCUGGACGCGCCGCUCCUGAAGAAGAGCGCCUGGUCCUCCACCCUGACCGUGAGCCGCGCCAGGGAGGUGUACCAGAAGGCGUCGGUUAACAUGGACCAGGCCAUGGUGAAGUCAGAGUCCUGUCAGCAAGAGCGCUCCUGCCAGUACCUUCAGGUUCCACAGGAUGAAUGGACAGGGUACACCCCUAGAGGUAAAGACGACGAAAUUCCGUGCCGAAGAAUGCGGAGCGGCAGCUACAUCAAGGCCAUGGGAGAUGAAGACAGUGGUGACUCUGACACAAGUCCCAAGCCUUCUCCCAAAGUUGCUGCGCGAAGAGAAAGCUAUCUCAAGGCUACUCAGCCAUCCCUUACAGAACUCACCACACUCAAGAUUUCCAAUGAACACUCCCCCAAACUCCAGAUCCGGAGUCACAGUUACCUGAGGGCAGUAAGUGAAGUCUCCAUCAAUCGAAGCCUGGACAGCCUUGACCCUGCCGGCCUGCUCACAUCACCAAAGUUCCGCUCUAGGAACGAGAGCUACAUGCGAGCCAUGAGCACCAUCAGCCAGGUGAGCGAGAUGGAAGUGAACGGGCAGUUCGAGUCCGUGUGUGAAUCCGUGUUCAGCGAGCUGGAGUCACAGGCGGUGGAAGCCCUGGACCUGCCAAUGCCCGGCUGCUUCCGCAUGCGGAGCCACAGCUACGUGCGGGCCAUUGAGAAGGGCUGCUCCCAGGACGACGAGUGCGUGUCCCUGCGGUCCUCCUCCCCACCGCGCACCACCACCACCGUGAGGACCAUUCAGAGCAGCACCGGUGUCAUAAAACUGAGUUCUGCAGUUGAAGUGUCAUCUUGCAUUACAACAUAUAAGAAGACACCACCUCCAGUCCCACCCAGAACUACCACGAAACCUUUCAUUUCUAUCACAGCCCAGAGUAGCACAGAGUCUGCCCAGGAUGCCUACAUGGAUGGACAGGGCCAGCGAGGAGAUAUUAUCAGCCAGUCUGGACUGAGCAACUCCACGGAGAGCCUGGACAGUAUGAAGGCUCUGACAGCCGCCAUCGAAGCUGCAAAUGCCCAGAUCCACGGCCCUGCAAGUCAACACAUGAGCAACAACCCUGCCACUGUCACUACCACGACCACCAUAGCCACUGUCACCACAGAGGACAGGAAGAAGGAUCACUUUAAGAAAAAUCGAUGCCUUUCCAUUGGGAUACAGGUGGAUGAUGCUGAAGAGCCUGAGAAAACCGGGGAGAAUAAAGCACCCAGUAAGUUCCAGUCCGUAGGAGUGCAAGUAGAAGAAGAGAAGUGUGCACAGAGAGAAGCUCCUGGUCUCACAGCACUUUUCUGGAAAGAAAAUUCCAAACUGUUAUUUUUCUGCUUCCGCAGGUUCACUCGAUCCAACAGCGUGACGACAGCCGUACAGGCCGACCUGGACUUCCACGAUAAUCUGGAAAACUCUCUGGAGUCUAUAGAGGACAAUUCGUGCCCCGGCCCAAUGGCCAGACAGUUCUCCCGGGACGCGAGCACCUCCACCGUCAGCAUCCAGGGCUCAGGAAACCACUACCACGCCUGCGCAGCCGACGACGACUUCGAUGCGGAUUUUGACCCUUCGAUUCUGCCUCCCCCGGAUCCCUGGAUUGACUCGAUCACCGAAGACCCCCUGGAGGCCGUCCAAAGGUCGGUGUGCCACCGGGACGGCCACUGGUUUCUGAAGCUCCUCCAAGCAGAGCGGGACCGCAUGGAAGGGUGGUGCCAGCAGAUGGAGCGAGAAGAGCGGGAAAACAACCUGCCGGAAGACAUUCUAGGGAAAAUCCGAACUGCAGUGGGCAGUGCCCAACUUCUCAUGGCCCAGAAAUUCUACCAGUUCAGAGAACUGUGUGAAGAAAACCUGAAUCCCAAUGCUCAUCCAAGGCCCACUUCCCAGGAUCUGGCGGGGUUCUGGGACAUGCUGCAGUUGUCCAUAGAAAAUAUUAGUAUGAAAUUUGAUGAACUUCAUCAGUUAAAGGCCAAUAAUUGGAAACAGAUGGAUCCUCUUGACAAGAAGGAGAGAAGGGCCCCUCCUCCAGUGCCAAAGAAGCCGGCGAAGGGCCCCGCGCCGCUGAUCCGGGAGCGCUCGCUGGAGAGCUCGCAGCGCCAGGAGGCCCGCAAGCGCCUGAUGGCCGCCAAGCGCGCCGCGUCCGUCCGCCAGAACUCGGCCACCGAGAGCGCCGAGAGCAUCGAGAUCUACAUCCCCGAGGCGCAGACCCGGCUCUGAGCGCCCCGCGCGCCCCGCCGCGCCGCCUCCGCGCUCCGUCCUCCCUCCGCCCCCUCCCCGCCCUCCGAGCCCGUCCGUCCCGGAGCUCAGUGACUUCCACUGUCGCGGUGUAGUUGUCGGUCUUGCAGGAGCCGCCCCCCUCCCCCCAGUAGCCCCAGCCGCCCGGACCGGUUUGCCCACGUUCUCCACCGAGCUUCGCCACCCGUACGGACGCGUCACCCACCUGCCUCAUCCGGAGAGCCGGCCUUUCUUUUCUCGGCAGAACCAAACCCACCUGUGUAGAAAUGGCCCCUUUAGGUCGCCCACCAUCCUCAGUUCUCCCAAGCUAGUCUGUCCCUAGAGCUCAGCAAUAUAAAACCAUAGGGUAUUUCAGAAAUCCAGUAGCACAGGGUGAGCCUUUGGGACUUAACCGUCUUCCACGUGAAGGAAACUAGGGCUCCGAUUCCCUUUAUUUCCCCUAAACGGUUAUUAUUUUGUCAAGCAGAUGGAGCACUUUAUUUCCAACCUCAGAAAUCACGCCAUCUCACCGGAAUCGAUGAGUGACAAUCCUAGAGGGGACGAAGUGGGGCUGGAUAUGUAGUGGGGAAGGGAGGAGCAAACUCUGCAGGUGCUGGGGCUUACCUGCUUCACUCACAGCUGCACAAACUGCCUCACUGUUACUCCAUCCAUCACUGCUUCAAAUGUUUCCAUCAGCAGAAGAUUGUAAAUUCGAUCUUUCAGGGAAAUUAAUCUAUUCUGAAAGGCAAUAAAAUGAAGAAAGGCAAGGAAGCACUGCUAGUUUAAGAUAUACUACAUAAGGGAUUUUUUUUUUGUCCUAUUAUUAAGAAACUUUAGACCUGAAAUGUUUUAUCAACUUUUACUGUACUAUGUGUAUUAUAUUGUUGUGAUGGUGGGGGGUCUUUAAAGGGGAAAGCGUUGGUCCUCUUAACGUGUUAGUGUCCAUCCUGGGGGGCCUACCUACUAGCAUAUAAGUACACACCUGGUCAAGAAGUGCUGUAAGUGGCAGCGAGGGUGUUUUCGGAGAGAAGUUUGGGUUUUCCUGUCAUCCCUUUGAAUGCUACACAUCCAUCUGUUGUAACCCGGUAGUUUGUAAUGCAGACAUAUUUUCGCCUUUGGUCUUCUCUCACUCCUAGCCAGAGUCCUACCAGUCUCCAGCAUAAGGAUUUCGUCCUAUGUCAAACCGAUAAAAUAAAUUCUCUACCCAAGUAGACACGCGGCCUCGUUCCAAAGAGCUGCCUCUCAUCUUGAGGUCCCAGGUGGUGAGAGAAGAAAUUUGACCUCAGCAGUUCAGCAGUCACGAGGAAGGGGGGAAAGUCGUGAUUCAUAAGCACUGAAAGAAACCCAGGCUUUUGGCAGAGAAUGUGAAUUUACACUUUUAGUCCUGACGGAUGGGCAGUGUGCGCUAAGCAUCUAGCUGAAGUUAUCUUUAAACGCCCUUACUCGUAGCAGUUUAAACAUUUAGGAUGUGGUGAUCUUAAAGUAUCACUGACAUUUUAUGUCCAGCUCCCACUCUAAAGCAUUAGAAAUUACCCUUGAAAAAUGACAGACUAAAAACACACAUCAAAUAAGCUUGCACCAGAACUUUUUUUAAAAAAUAUACUCUCGUAGCCAGGUGCUAAUUUAUUUAUGAAAUUAAGAAAAGUGAUGGGUUCUGGCAACAACUAUUUUCAUGGUCACAUUCUAAAACCACUAGGGAAUUCGCUACCUCUCAGAGCCACUGAUGCUUUGAGCUAUCUUUAUAAACAGGGCACAAAUGUUUACUGCUGUGGUUUACAAGAAAAGGGCUACUAACCUAUUUAAAAACCAACCAACCAACUUUUAACUAGGGUGGACAAAGCACCUUGAGUGCUUUGCAAAAUUGGAGCUGACAGAGAUUUUGAACUUCAAGGGUUCGCUUGUUUUAAAAAGAAUACACCUUUUCUUCAGUUUGUAGCAGCAACAGAAGGUCACACAAAGUUUGCAGCCAGUAAGGCCAUCUGCCACCUUGGGUAGCCUAUAGUCCCAUUCAAUCCUGAAAAUGACUUGGAACUCAUAGAUUGACGUGAAGGAAGCGACAUCCAUCGGAAGACCCAUGUUCCCAACUACAGCUCCGUGCCCUGAGGUAGAGAGAAGAUUGGGAUUAAGAAAUCGAUUUCUAAUACGACUCAAGAUCAUCCUACAGUAUUUUCUUUGGAAACUGGUUUAGCCCAGGAUAUUUUAAAGAGAGACAAGAGAAGGCCUAUUUAUCUUGUCUAUGUGAAUGGUAUUUGUAUAUUCAUAAGCUAUUUUUGGUAAGGAUUUUAAAUCUUUUAGCCGAAUGCCUACAGGCAUCAUGACCCUUGCCUUCCUUAAAACACAAAUUGUACAAACACUUUAUAAAAAGCUAAUUAUUGAUCUUAAAACACGACCCCACAUAAAGCUGCUUGUUAACCACUUGCCCCCUUAAGCUGACAUCCAUGAGCAUAACCUUUGUCACAUUGUUCUUUUUGAUGUAAUUUGUAGAUAUGUUUUUUAGUUCAUAAUGGAAAAUGUAUGUACCCUGAAAAAUUACUUAUUUUGUUUAACUUUGGUAUAAAGCUGUUUGGGCAUUUUCUUGGGGAGGGGGGGAACUACAAAAGAAGUUUGUCUCCCACAUCAAAAAACGUUCAAAGAAAUUAAGUAUUUAUUAUAUUUUUUGCAGAUGUUUCCAUACAAUUCACAUAACCUUUUUGUAAAGAGAGAUGAAGAAAUGGAUUAAAGAUUUUUAAUAUUUGAAAUGGUAAAUAGAACUAAUUUAUUUGUAAUAUAUUUCUGUUAUUUAUAGAUGUUUCCUUAAUGUUUUACUGUGCAUUACCACUUUAAUUUAAGCCUUAUCCUUGUGAAUUUACCAUUUCUUUUUUAAAACAUGUCUAGAUGCAUAUUUUAAAUAACUGGAAUGUAAAUCACUAGCAUAUCUGAAUUCCCAAUGUAAUUUUUAAAAAUUAUUUUGGUUUGGAAAAAAAAGAUUCAUUUGAAAGCCUUCAGAUGGAGGGGUGGGGAACAUUUUUAUGGCUUUAUGAAGUGGAAUUUCAUAGGCUUAUUUACCUAGAUUGUGUGUGGACAAAAAAAAAAACAAAAAAACAAAACUGUAAAUAGAUGAAUGUUUCCCAUAAUGUAAAAAGAAGAAAUUAAUAAAAUAAUUAAUGCACUGCU